CUUCUCUUUGCUCUCACUCACAAUCUUUCUCUCUUCUUUCGUUACUCAAGCCUGAGAUGUCUCCAGAAGCUUACGUUCUGCUCUUCAACUCUCUCAACCUUGUCACCUUCGAAACCUUUGCUUUGCUCUCUCUUUUCAUAGCCACAGUUGCUUUGUUUCUCUCACCAGGUGGCCUCGCAUGGGCCUUCACCAAGUCAUCCAAGACCAGGGUUUCGAUUCCUGGUCCGUCUGGCUCUCUUUCCGUCUUAUCCGGCUCCACUCCUCACCGUGUCCUCGCUGCGCUUGCCCAACGCUUUAAGGCCUCUCCCUUGAUGGCGUUCUCCGUUGGGUUUUCACGUUUUGUCAUCUCCAGUGAACCGGAAACGGCUAAAGAGAUUCUAAACAGCUCUGCUUUCGCUGACCGGCCUUUUAAGGAGUCAGCUUACGAACUUCUCUUCCACCGCUCCAUGGGGUUCGCACCUUAUGGUGAGUACUGGAGGAACCUGAGGAGAAUCGCUUCAACGCAUCUUUUCAGUCCGAGAAGAAUCGCGAGUUUUGAAGGUGUUAGGGUUGGAAUCGGUAUGAAGAUGGUGAAGAAGAUCAAGAGUCUUGCUAUGUCUUCUUCAGCUGGUGGUGGUGAAGUUGAAGUGAAGAAGGUGAUUCACUUUGGUUCGUUGAAUAAUGUGAUGACAACUGUUUUUGGUGAGAGCUAUGACUUUGAUGAAGUUAAUGGUGAUGGGUGUUUUUUGGAGAGGCUGGUUAGUGAAGGUUAUGAGUUGCUUGGGAUAUUUAAUUGGAGUGAUCACUUUGGUGUUCUUCGUUGGUUUGACUUCCAAGGAGUUAGGAAGAGGUCUAAAGCUUUGGUCUCAGAAGUCAACACUUUUGUCGGCAGAAUCAUUGAGAAUCACAAGAUGAAGACGAGCAACAAUCUCAAUGGUGAGGAAAAUGACUUCGUUGAUGUCUUGCUUGGCUUGCAAAAGGAAGAAAAAUUGUCUGAUUCCGACAUGAUUGCUGUUCUUUGGGAAAUGAUAUUUAGAGGGACAGAUACAGUUGCGAUUCUAGUGGAAUGGGUACUUGCAAGAAUGGUAUUGCAUCAAGACAUUCAAGCAAAACUCUUCAAAGAGAUAGCUUCCGUUACAAGUAACAACACUAGAUCCUUGUCUGAUUCCGACAUCUCAAAACUACCGUACCUUCAAGCUGUUGUCAAAGAAACCCUAAGGCUCCACCCACCUGGUCCUCUCCUCUCGUGGGCUCGUCUCGCUAUCCACGAUGUCAACGUAGGUCCCAACUUUGUCCCUGCAGGAACCAUAGCUAUGGUCAACAUGUGGUCCAUCACACAUGACGCCAAAAUAUGGACCGACCCUGAAGAGUUUAAGCCUGAGAGGUUUAUUGAAGGUGAGGAUGUAAGCGUCAUGGGUUCGGAUCUUAGGUUGGCUCCAUUUGGGUCAGGUCGCCGGGUUUGCCCGGGUAAGGCAAUGGGUCUAGCCACUGUUCAUCUCUGGGUUGCUCAGUUGAUUCAGAAUUUCGAAUGGGUUAAGGGUUCUUGUGAUGUGGAGCUCACUGAGGUUCUCAAGUUGUCUAUGGAGAUGAAGAAGCCGUUGAAGUGCAAGGCUGUUCCAAGGAAUGUUUGCUUCGGUUGAUGGAUUCGAUUGUCUGUUGCCUCGGGUCGGGUACUUGUUUAAUAACUACUACGGGUAGUCUCUUUUAAUAAUUAAUAAUUAAUAACUAUGGUUUGUGUUGGAAGUUAGGGUUUAUGCACGUCAAUCGAACUUCUCUAGGGCAUUGGUGUCUAAGUUUUUUAAUUUGCUUCGUGUAGCGUAACGUAUCUGAUUCUAUCCCAUUGUCGGCUUUGCUUUAGUGGCUGGCUAUUCAAUAAUAUCAUAUCUAUAAAAUUGAUUAGCUAAGUUUAUGCAA